GGAAAUGAGAAGCGGCGGCUUGGAAAUGAUGUCAUCUUCGGCGGCAGCAAUCGUAGCGUUUAAUUUGAAGGAGGCUACGAAUUGGUGGUCGGAUGUGAAUGAAUCUCCGGUGUGGCAGGAUCGUAUCUUCCAUGUUCUUGCUGUUCUAUAUGGAAUCGUUUCCGUCAUUGCUGUGAUUCAAUUGGUAAGAAUACAAUUGAGAGUUCCAGAAUAUGGCUGGACGACGCAGAAGGUCUUUCAUUUUCUCAAUUUCUUGGUGAAUGGAGUUCGAGCUCUGGUUUUUGUUUUCCGUCGAGAUGUACAGAAUAUGCAGCCAGAGAUUCUCCAACAUAUCUUGCUUGAUAUUCCAAGUCUUGCUUUCUUCACUACAUAUGCGCUUCUGGUUCUCUUUUGGGCAGAGAUUUACUACCAGGCACGUGCUGUAUCCACUGAUGGACUGAGGCCAAGUUUCUUCACAAUUAAUGCAGUUGUAUACGUAAUUCAGAUUGCUCUUUGGUUGGUUUUGUGGUGGAAGCCUAUUCACCUUAUGGUAAUCAUUUCUAGGAUGUUCUUUGCAGGUGUCUCAUUGUUCGCGGCCCUUGGCUUUUUAUUAUAUGGAGGAAGGCUUUUCCUGAUGCUGCAGCGGUUUCCAGUAGAGUCUAAAGGGCGGCGCAAGAAGCUACAAGAGGUUGGCUAUGUGACAACCAUAUGCUUUACAUGUUUCCUAAUCAGAUGCAUCAUGAUGUGCUUUGAUGCGUUCGACGAUGCAGCAGAUCUUGAUGUCUUAGAUCAUCCAAUCCUAAACUUCAUAUAUUACCUCUUGGUGGAGAUAUUGCCUUCGUCUCUGGUCCUCUUUAUCCUAAGAAAGCUUCCACCAAAACGCGGUAUCACACAGUACCAUCAAAUCCAGUGAACAUGUUGAGAGAAUCGAAACACCGAGGUAACAUUUACUGGAUGAUACAAUAACAGAGAAAAACAUAAGAAACAGCUGAAAAAGGG